GAAAAUUCAUAACUGCCAGUAUAAAUUAUUCAGUUUAGCAUAUUUUUUUAUAUUUUUAUUUAUUAUUAAAUCAUAAUAAUGUAUGGCGCUAGACUCACAACCGUAAGCUUCCUUGAGGAUGCGGUGAAGUUUAUUUAUCAGUACCCUCUGCUGCCGCUGCCACUGAUCGACUAUGGAUUCAUAUACAAUCUAGCUUGCUCAAAGCCACGAGAUGUGAGCCUUCCGCUGAUCCUCGAAGUGGAGACGGACUACAAGACCAAGGACAGUCCUUCUGAGCGACCAAAGAAAGUGCAACGGGUCUCGUAUCAUUCGCGAUCGAGUUCGAUGAGUGCAGAGGAGCCGGAACCGGAGGUGGAGGUCAAAUACCGCUGGAACUCUCCCCGUCUGAUGAUCCUCUGCGAGGAUGGCGAUAUCAACUGCGCCCUGCACUAUCUCGUCGAGUCCCUUCAUGAUCCCUUUGCUUGCAAUGCGGUGGCCACUUUGUUUGUGCAGGAAUCCGUGCUCGAGGAAUUUGUGGAUCGCUUGAAGGAUCGCUUGGAACCAUUGAACUCGCAGAUCUCCGGACAUCCGGUCUAUGUUAAGACACUGGAAAGAUUGGAGCAACUGCAGGCCAGGACUAUAGUUGGCAAUCCUAAGACGGUUCCGGCGAAUGCCAGUCCCAUGCUGGUUUUUGACCUGAGCCAUCGUUACUUGGGCGAAGGGCCCACCGGGGUCAUAACCCUCCACACCUUUCGAACCAUGAAGGAAGCCAUUGAGCUGCAGGCCAGGGAACCACUCAGUUUUACCUCCGUGAGCAUUUGGAAUGAAAAGCUGGGAGCAGCCUACGAAUUGGUAGCCCGCUUGACUCCCCUCAUCUUCCUGCUCAACUGUUUCUACGUGGAUCUGAACAACAUCAGCCUGGCCUUCGUAUGCAACCUCAACUCCUCAAAGAUCGUCGACGGCUACCACUACGAGUCGCUGACCUUUAGGGAAAAGCGAAAGGCCGUCGUCCAUCCCGUCGGCACCAUCUGGGGAAAGUUGGCCCGCGAGGGACUCGUCGACCACUGAUCCCUCCCUUCCCUCGGCGGCCGCAAAACUUUCGAUUGGCAGCUAAUUUAAAUUACUAGUCAUUGAUCGGCGGAGUGCUGACUAAUUGACUUUCCGGAUGGGCAACUCAAUUACCACUUUAAUUGCUCAAACAAGUCGGCCCAUCCCUGGAGCUUCGGUCUCUACUCAACAGGCCUUUUCCCUUCGGAUAAUCAAUGGAAAUUGUGAGUGACUUUGUAUUGUGAAAUUAAAAAUUCUUUCUGCGAAGUAA